AUGAAGAGACAUGAAGCUUGCCUUGAAGCAUAUUGUGGAGUUGGUGUCCCAGGCAAGAGAUAUUGAAAUAUUCACAAUUGAACUUCUGCUCUUUUAGGUGGGAUUUGGAUGCUUUUGUUUGUGCGCAGGGAGUGUCUUGAGCUGGGUAAUUACGGAUUGAGCGCUCCUUAGCUCAGCUUCUUUGGAUAUAUGGUCUUUUGGGGCCUAUUGAUGCUUUCAUACAUGGGGGUCAGAGGGUAUCUGGUUUGGUGUGUGUGUGUUGGACUCUUGCUUUUUGGUGGUGGCUAGGUAUUUCAAAACGUUUUUCAAAAUUGGAACCACAUAUGAACUGCAAAUUUUAUUUACGUUUUGGAAUCCUGAACAAGAUUAUUCCCUCUCUGCUGGGAUUUGUCGUCUAUCUACUAUCCAACCUAGAUUCUCCGUUCCAGUCUUCUUGCAGCAUUUCACCAAGCUCAUAUUUGGUUUAUAGGUUUGGAAAGUGACGUUUCUUGAAGCUGGGCCAAAUGAGUUCCUCUACUCAAUACAGAUUAAAUAUCUUCUGGAGCACUCUAUCCAUGUAAAGUUGCUUUUAUUCAUAAGGUAUUGAACUGUCUUCAGGGGCUACCUCAGUUAUUUGAAAGGGAGUACAUGAUACUACGAACAAAUGUCAUGGUGGCUAGCUGAUCAGGAUCACAUCAACGUGAGCUGCGCAUCUUGUUGUUUCUACUUUUCUUGUUUACAACUUUUUUAGUCUCCAAUCAUUUUGCUGUUCCGUUAGUUGAUAUCGUUGCUGGUUUUUAUUUUAUCAAUAACAUCAGGAGGAAGUAAUCAGCUAUUAGAAUAAACACAGAUAGAAAUGCGUGCAGUAUUGCAGUCAGGAGGGCGUUCUUCAGAACCGCUGAAUGGUUCUUCAACACAGCCAUUAAAAUCUGGUUCUGAUAGUGGACAGAAUAAUAGCACCUCUUUUCCUUCACAAACCAAAGGAAAGAAGAGAGGUGAGAAAGGCUGUGAUCAAUAUCGAGAGUCCAUUGAGCAUGAUGUCUCCUCAAAAGCUGGCAUUAGAGAUCCUGGUAAUUUUAAUGCUGAUAACGAAUUGAAAGAUGAGAUCACAAAGUUAGCUGAUAAAGGUAGACUCAUUAACAACGAUGCAGUUGAGAAACUGGUGCAACUUAUGCAGCUUGACAAAGGUGCUAGGGAAAUUGGUCUAACAGACAGGAUGUUGCUGGCAGAUGUGAUUGCAGCUACAGAUACAGAUGAUUGCCUCAGUGGAUUUGUCCAUCUAAGGGGCAUUCCCCUCCUAGAUGAUUGGCUCCAAGAAGCACAUAAAGGGAAGAAUGGUGAUGGUAGUAGUUCAAAGGAAGGUAGUAAAACAGUUGAUGAGCUUCUUUUGGCUAUACUCCAUGCACUUGAUAAAUUGCCUGUCGACCUCAAUGCUCUUCAAACUUGUAACAUUGGGAAAUCUGUGAAUCAUUUGCGUAGUCACAAGAAUUCAGAAAUUCAGAAGAUGGCAAGAAAUCUAGUUGAUGCAUGGAAAAAACGUGUUGAUGCAGAAAUGACAAAGCUCGGGAUGCCAAAACUUGAUGAUACAAAAUCCGCUGGAUCAAGCCAAGCUGUUUCGUGGUCUGGCAAACAAGGUUUCUCAGGAGUCUCGUAUGGGGGAAGCAGGCGCCCCACUUCCAGUGAGGUAGCUAUAGAAAAUGCUGUCCCUCAACCUUCAUUUAAAUCAUUGCCUGUUAAGAUUGGUGAUGGGGAUGCUGGCGUAAAAUCAAAUCCAUUACCUUCGGGGUCCCUGAAAUUUUCAUCAACCUUACCUGCAGCAGUGUCUGUUAGUACAACAGAUUCACAGACUGAGACAGGAGGCAGUACUUGCACUGCUGAAAUUCCACUUACAUUAAUGAAGGAGGAGACAAAUAGUUCCAAUCAAUCUCUGAGCAAGAGCCAAUCUUGUCCUAACAAUCAUGCAAAAGCUACAGGCUCUUCAUUCAACGAAGAUGCCAGAAGCUCUGCCACUUGUUUAGUGGCUACUACCAAGACCAAUGGCAGUUCACCCCGUCACCCAAAAUCAUCAAGUGGCUUUGUUGGAAGUUGUGCUUCUGGAAAACCUCUGGUAAAAUCUGGCUCUCUAAAUCUGAGUCCCACACCUAAUAAAGAAUCUCAUGAUGGUGUGACCGUUGAAAGAGCCAUUGGUCUGCCUAUUAUAGAACAAGUAAGUCACAAAGGGAUUGAUAAGCUCCCAAUUCCUGUGCUGAGUCCUGCACAGAGUGUUAGUGGAAGUUCUCCUGAGGAGCCUUCAGUCACUGGCAGUAGAGUAUCGUCUACGGGGACUUCUGAGAAACGUGGACACGUUGAUCAUGAGAUAAAAGUGAAGACUGAUGUUUUUCAGGCUAGUAUUGCGGCAGGUUUUGAUUCAGAAUCGUGGCCAAAUCAUGAGAUGAAAACCACGGUUGGAUCUGAUGCUAGUGGCAGAUCACCCAAAAAUCUUGGCCAAGCUCACAGAAUGAGUACGGAUGGAAUUGGAAAAUCAGUUGAUGGAUUGGGUUCCGUUUUGAAUGAAUCAAAACCUGGGAAGUCAUUUGAGGCUUCGUUUUGUUCCAUAAAUGCCUUGAUUGAAAGUUGUAUAAAGUAUUCCGAAACUGCUGUUUCCCUGUCCGUUGGUGAUGAUCUAGGUAUGAAUCUGCUUGCCAGUGUGGCCACUGGAGAAAUAUCCAAGUCUGACAUAGUUUUUCCCCCUCGUUCUCAUGGAGGAAACUCAGCUGCCACUAAUUUCCCAUGUACAGAAGAUGAGCUUAAAUUAAAAGGCCCAAGUGAGGAUAUUGUGACACAGGUUCCUGGAAAUCCUAAAGAUAAUGGAAAGGUUGAACUUGAUGAGGUGGAACCAAAUGGCACACAUCUUGAGACCAAUUCAUUAGGAGGAAUCACUGGUACUGUUCCCCCAGAGGAAAUUAAAUCAAAAGGUGCGAAUGGAGAAAAAUGCUCUUCUUUCUCUGCAGCUUCAUGUAACUUUGAAACCAGUGCCAAAUCCCAAAGCAAAUCAAAUGAUGUUGCAGCUGGUGUCCAUGCGGAACCUUUGUUGAGUUUGCCAGGAUCUGCUGAUGAGGAUGAAUCCGAGGAUCAUUCAACCAACGGGAUUCAUGAUAAAAGGAAGGCUAUUGGGUUACUCUCUGGUGGUGGUCCACUAGCAUGUAAAAAGGCAAGGCUCUCUUCAUCUGAUGAGAAAGAACAAGUUUGUAGUGUUAAUGAAAAAAUGACAGAAGGCAAUAUUCUACUUGGUGAAGGAUAUGAUGCUAAAUAUUUUGUUUCUGCCAAAAAAAAAGAUGACGAAGUAGUUGAAGAAACUCAUUCACAGUCUUUGGUACCCAUUGCUGACAAGCAGCAUCUACCACCUGCCAUGGGACUCUAUCCAGAGGAUCUUGGCCAUGCUGACGGUGCAAUGGAUGCAGCAACAUCUGCUGCUGUAUGUGCAGAAGUUGUUUUGAAGUCAAGGAAAGAGAAUCCUAGCACUUUCUUAGAGAACAGUCAGUUGGAGCUAAGGGAUCACGAAAAGACAGAUUACAAGGGCAUUUGUGGACCCACUUUUGUCCUCGCCAACAGUAAUAGCCCUUCAGAGAAUUCACAAAGGAAGGAGAUAGCUGAGCACGAUUCCAGUGUAACAGUCAAUCAUCCUACCGGAAGGGAACCAGAUCAUGAACGGCAUGGAAAGUCAACGGAGCAUUUGAGUGGGGCAGAAGCAAAGGAGACCAGUGAAGUUACAAGUUCCAAGGAGACUUCUUUUGGGCACAUCUCUCCUGCACCAGAUAAUUCUCGAAGGCUUGAUUUUGAUUUAAAUGAAGGAUUGUCUAGUGAUGAUAUUAACACGGCGCUGCCAGUAGCUCCUGCUGAACAAGAAGGUUCCUCUGGAGUACAUCUUCCUCACUCCCAUCCGCCUAGUGGUUCACCUGUCUCUGUCACAGUUGCUUCCCCGGCAAAAGGCCCCUUUGUUCCUCCCAACAUUCCUCUGAAGAGCACGGGGUUGCCGGGAUGGAAAGGUUCUGCUGCCACCAGUGCAUUCCGCCCCGCCGAGCCACGAAAAUUUCAGGAGAUGCAGCCAUCUCACACUGCAGCUGAUAAACAAAGCUGUUCCCCCAUUAAUCUAGACCUCAAUAUUGCCAACGCCAGUGUUCUUGAAGACAUCAAAUCCCAGAGUUCUGUUCCAAAGAUGGGCUUGGAAUGUGGUGUUGCCCGUAUGCAAAGCUAUGGUGGGCUUGACCUCGAUCUAAACAGGGCGGAUGAGAGUGGAGACAAUGAACAGGACCCAGUGGGCACAAUCAGGAGAUCGGAGGCAACCCUCUUGCCAUUGAGAUCAGCAGCUGAUUUGUUUCCUGGCAGGGAGGUGAGUAUGAUGAGAGACUUCGACCUGAACGACUGCCCAAGCCUUGAUGAAGGUGCAGAGCGUGUAUCUCAAGGCCAGCACACAAAGAGUGUUAUACCGUUCUUACCCUCCUUUGGGACGAGCAGCUCUGAACUAGGCAACCCGUCCUCAUGGUUUCCCCUCAGCAACUCCUACCCUGCUGUUGCCAUGCCUUCUUUUAUGCCAGAGCGAGGAGAUCAGUCUUACCCAGUUGUCACCAUUCCUGGGACUCAAAGGAUGAUGGACCGCACCAUCGGCGGCAGUGCCUUUGGCGGUGAUAUCUACAGAGCCCCGGUUCUUUCAGCUUCUCCUUCAAUACCCUACACCCCUGCUGCUGCGGCCUUCCCAUAUAGUGGUUUCCCUUUCACUCCAGUCUUCCCAUUGCCGUCAGCCUCCUUUUCUGCUGGUCCAGUGGCGUAUAUGCAUCCUGCAUCAGGAGAGGGGCCAUGCUUUCCUGCUGCUCUGCCACCAUCUGCCAGGCCCCAUCUUAUGAGCCUCCCUGAGUGUGGCGUGAGCGGCGGUCCUUUCGGCGGCCAGAGGUGGGGCUUCCAAGGUCUCGAUCUGAACGCCGGUCCCAGUAAUGGGGACAUGGAAGGUAAAGCUGAGAAGUCACCUCCGAUGCCGAGGCAGUUCUAUAUUCCUGGCUCACAGGCGUCUGCUGAGGAACAAGUGAGGAAUUACCAGAUUUCACUUGGGAAUUUGAAGAGGAAGGAUCCUGAUGGAGGUUGGGAUGCAGAGAGAUUGCCGUACAGGCAACCCUCUUGGCAAUGA